UAGAGCAAGCGGAUAUUUAUGUUGGAUGAUUAAACACAGUUAACUUCAGAGUGAUUGAGCAUAUGCAUGUACAUUUGUCUCAUUUCUCUCAAGACACAGUAUGGACAACAACACUGAGUUCUCCUACACAGAGGAACAAGAAAAGGAAUACGCUAAAUCACUGGAGAGACAAGUAAAGAGUCUAAAGCAGAAGUAUGAGGAUGAGAGGAAAGAAAGUCAGAACCUGCGCACACAGGUGGAUCAGCUGAGUUCUGAGUUGAAUGCAUCCACAGCCCAAUGUCAGUCAGCCAGUGAGCAGGUGGAGAAACUGCGAGGAGAGGUCAAAAAGACAACGGAACAGUUACAGAAGAGCCAGCGAGAACAGGUGCAGCUAGAGGAAAGGUGUCAUCAGUUAGGACUACGUGCCUCAGGGGUUGACCAAACAGAGAUAGCCCUCCAGAACUCAAACAAAGCUUUGGACAACAGUCAAUUUCGCCUCCGUGAGAAAGAGAGACAACUGGACCAGCUGACUGCAGAACAUGAGACUACUGUGAAGGCGUUAGAGACAGCACAAUCUCGUAUAAAAUACCUUGAGGCAAGAGUGGAAGACCUUAACUACCAGGUGAUGCAGGAACUCAUUAAAAACGAAAAGAUCGAAAAGAAAAUAGAAGGUGUACCUUUGCUAGAAGACAAAAUCUUGGAGUUGGACAGACUUGUGAAGCAACAAGAGAAAGAAGUUAAGGAGAAAUGUGCAUUAUUGACAGCCUCAAGGAAAGCUGUUCGGGAGUAUAAGGAAAAAAUUCGGUCCCAUGAGAACCAGGUUAGGGAAGUCAAACAGGUGAGGGAAGAGCUGGAACUCUACAAACAUGAGGUGAACACACUAAAGAAACUUUUGGCGGGCAAAGAUGGUCUGGUGCUGCAGAAAUCACAGGCUCUGGACUUUGCAAAGGAUGUGAUUGGGACACUUCAGUUGAGCUUGGAUGGCGAUAAUGUGGAGAAAAUUCAGCAAUUAAUCGAAAGGAGUAGUUUGGUCCUGUCCUCUCAUAACAGUAACAGUACCAUGUCCUUGUCUUGGACAGCCAGAUCUGCCAGUCCGGAGUCAGAGUUUGUGAUGACCAGUGGGAGUGUGGUCAGUUCCUCUCAGAAACACAGGCCAUGGACAGCAGUGGCUACUUCAAGACAGGCGAAACCUUCCUUUGGAUAUCAUGGCAAUGUUGCAUGUGGAAAUCCAGAGAAUGGCAUUUUAGAGCGAUUGCUGAUUGAAGACAACUGUAAAGAAAACUGUCAUUAUUCACACUCUCUGAGAAGCUCCUUUGGGCUUGGAGGAAAACGCCCCAACACGUCACACGGCAUGCCCAGUCGAGAAGCUUGGGGCACAGGAACACGCAAACUGAUUCACAGGAAUGAGGAACAGAACAGGAUGAGGUACCGUCCGUGUAGCGACACGUCGUAUGACGCACAGCAGACGGAAAGCUCCACAGUGUAUCAUAUGACCAACCUAGACAACAAUAACAAUGACACUGGCCAGGUCAAGAUUUCUUCCAUUGUUAAGAGAAUUAUUUCUGAGAGAAUAAACAAGUUAAGUGGUACAAAGUUUUCUCCAUGUCAGGAUGAUGCCAUUCUGUCUAUGUUUGUUGAUGUUGGUGACAGAGUUUUCGUGAAGUUUCCCAAUUCACUCAUACCUCAGAAGUUGUCAAAAAACCCAAUGUUACAGAGAUUUGGAAAAAGGAAAGCCACUAGAGAGAAACAUUACUGUGGGAUUGUGAAGUACAAAGGCCUCAUAGAGAGAGAUGUCCCUGACUCCAGGCUUUAUGUGGGAUUAAACCUGGAUGAGCCUGCUGGUGAUACCGAUGGUAAAGUUAGAGAUAAGACAUACAUGUUUACCUCCCCUGAGCACGGCAAAUUCUUGAGGAUUCUUAACAUCGUCUCUGUGUUUGAUAUUCAGAGUUCUCGCUACAUAGAAUUGUCUGCAUUGAAGAAAGAGUAUCUCCAGCACAAGGAAAAUUCUUCUCACUAACGGUCAAUCUGAUUGGUCGCUUGUUCUGACUGUCAUUGUCCAAUGACACAGCCCUUCUCAUUUGUCAAGACUUCAUUAGGCAGCAUGUUACUUGAUUAG